GUAGGGACGCGCGCUUAGUCGUACGCAAUCUCUGGCCGUGUCGAUUCGUUUCCGUUUCGUCGCUUCCAAUCAGCCGUGAACAGUUUGGUGCAUUGAGCGAGAGAGCAUUAUCGCGUUCUUUGGCGAACCGAUGAUCUUGUACUGUGUCGUGUGGUGUGAAUCAAGCUGAACGAUCUUUCGACAGGGAAGAUUAAGAAAUCGGAUCUUGUUGUGUAUAGUGCAUUAGCAAAACAAACAGAAGAAGUGUUUGGCUCGCUACCUUGGUGUGAAGCGUAAUAGUGAAUCUAACCAUGUGCCGUUUGACCAACCUAUGUGGACAGUUGUCUCAAGCGAUGAUGUCUGUCGUGCUGCUGCUGCUGCUCGUUUCGGCCGGAAGUGCAGCCAAUGUGUACGGAGCUAGUUCCGGUGAAAAUCGUAGCAAUUCUCCGUCGCAACACUGUACGGAUUUUAAUCCCCAGCACGGUCUCGACAUCGAACAGAUUAUGGGCAUCUGGUAUGGCAGCGAAGUGAUCACACACAACGGUAUCGACGAGGGCGAAGUAGUGUACCGGACCUGCAUUGUAAUCCAUCUGGCAGACGUGACGAAUGAGACAACCACGGUCCACGAUCAGAGCACGGGGUACACCGGUCGGAGCAAUCCAGCGGGAACGAACUAUGACCGCUUCGGAACGUCGUACGGUUACGGUGGUUCCAGUGGUGGCGGUGGUGGUGGUCGAAGUGCGGACAGCCAGUACGACCAGCAGAACCGCCGUCAGCAGGGUGGUCGUCAAUAUUUCCAGCAGGAACCACGCACCAUGCGUAACCUACGUUUGAUAUGGGACGAGUCAGACCACACGCUCGAGUACACGCUGCGCUACAAUACGUCGAAGCCUGGCUUUUGGAUUUCGGCCUCUCCACAGUCCGGUUCUAUGAUUCAGCUCCAGUACGUACAGUUUACCGGUACGGUUCAGGUGCUGAAAGCGAUCAACAAUCAGCUGGUGCUGAACUUCUGCCAGAGUUUGCCCGGUGGUCAACUGUUUACGAUCGUGCUGUCCCGCGUUCCGAUGGGCUUAGGACCUGAGGACAUACAAAGCAUCCGCAAUCUGUUGCGGCGUCGUGGUCUGUCGACGUCGUCGGUGCGAAAAGUUUGCCAAAGUGGUGCCUUCCGAAGUGACGUUUCGAUGAUCGCACUCGUGGUGAUGGCCAUCGUCACGGCCCUAGUCAAACGGUUGCACUAAGUUGCGUUGGUAAUACGAUCUGCUUUCUUAAUCAUUAGUGCCAUCCUCAUUCAUUACUGUCCAGGGCUAAUGUUACAAGCCGGCUUCAUUUUACAACAAAAGUAUUGGUUAUUUUACUCCCAUCAGACAUUCUGUUCAUGCGUGUAAAGUAUUUGUGAGUCUUACAUUACGAUCUAACUGUCCAACGAUUGCCUUGCUUCACACCGUAUAAGCCUUGUGGGCGAAAUAAGUUAAAAAUGGUAACGUUUGUAUAACGAGUUUGCUGAAACAAAUAAAGUGUUCUACAGAGGUUUUGAACAAACGAAUAAAUAAA